UUGUCCGCGGGGAUGUGAAAGCCGUCCAGGAGGCCCAGCUCAGUAACCUGGAGGUUGCGAACCGAAAGGUUUCCCUAACGCCCGAUGGGUACCUGAACAUGACGAAGGACUGCAGGAGCUUCAAGGAGACGCGGCAGUUCAUCGAGUUCCCGCUGAGCCAGGAGGAGGCAGAGUUCCCCAUUGCCUACUCCAUGGUCAUCCACAACAACAUCGAGAUGUUCGAGCGGCUCCUGAGGUCCCUCUACACCCCCCAGAACGUCUACUGCAUCCACGUUGACAGGAAGUCCCCGGCUAUCUUCCAGGAGGCCGUGCGGGCCAUCGUAGCCUGCUUCCCCAAUAUCUUUGUGGCUAGCCGCCUGGAAAACGUGGUCUAUGCCUCCUGGUCCCGGCUGCAGGCCGACCUCAACUGCAUGCAGGACCUGUUGCAGAGCCCCAUGCCAUGGCACUAUCUCCUCAACACCUGCGGCACCGAUUUCCCCAUCAAGACCAACGCUGAGAUAGUCAGCGCCCUGAAGGCGCUGCGGGGCCGGAACAGCAUGGAGUCAGAGAAGCCCUCGGCCUCCAAGCGGGCACGCUGGCAGUAUCACCACAUAGUGGGGCAGUUCAUCUCCCGGACAGCCACAGAGAAACUGCCGCCACCCCACAACUCCCCCAUGUUCACAGGCAAUGCGUACAUCGCAGUCACACGGGCCUUCGUGCAGUACAUCUUUGAGAACCCCACAACACUGCAGUUCUUUGAGUGGGCCAAGGACACCUACAGCCCUGACGAGCACAUCUGGGCCACCCUCAACCGCAUGCCUGGCGUGCCAGGCUCCCUGCCCCAGAAUGACAAGUUCCAGCUCUCGGACAUGAACGCCCUACCCCGCCUGGUCAAGUGGCAGUACCUGGAGGGCGACCCCAGCAAGGGCGCGCCCUACCCGCCCUGCACCGGCCAGCACCAGCGCUCCGUCUGCAUCUACGGGGUGGGCGACGUGCCCUGGAUGCUCCAGCAGCACCACCUCUUGGCCAACAAGUUCGACCCCGUGGUGGACGACGCCGCCAUCCUGUGCCUGGAGGAGUACCUGCGCCACAGGGCCCUCUACGGCAAGGGACUCUGAGGGGAAGCCGCGGAGACCCUCGCCAACACCGUCCGGCGGCGAGUCCCGCCGGCGGCGCCUCGGGGACAGCGGGAGGGGCAGGAGACCUGCGUCAUGAGGCGAGAAGGGAAGUGGCGCCGUUCCCGCGCUGGCGGAGGGAUCUGUCUGCGGGACGGAGGGCGCGGUAGGAGGUGGAGGCGCUCCUGAGGCCCCCUGACGAGAGGCGGAGGCGCGCGAGCACCUGGCAGGCCAUCUGCUCCUGGCACCUGCUGCACUGCUCACCUUAACAUCUGGCUGCUGCUUUUGCAUUGCUUUAACUUCCACCAUUAGCCAUAAAAAAUAUCCUUAAAUAAAAUCAAAUGUACUAAAAUAAAUAGCUCUGGUAUUCUUUAUCCUGUAAUCCUCUGAGGAGAACUGAUUGUGCUCCUAGGCAGAGCCAUUAAACCAGUUAACCCCUCUGCACCCCACUUCUCCAUCUGUAACACAGGGAAAGGGAUGCUUAUGUAGUUAAUGGUGCGCAAACCUACAUUUUUCUAACACCUUCCUCUCUCUUUCCCUCCCCACAGAAAAGAGAUUUUUGUGAGAAGAUCUCUUGGUAAUAUAAUUGCCAUAUCCAGUAGUGUAUCUGGCCUUUUAGAUUAACAAAACAAUCAUCCAACAUGUUUGCUUAAGUUUCUAAAAGCUGAAAGAAAGAUUUGUGAACUUCUAUAUUUCACCCGCAUGUAUUCUUCCCACCUUCUCACAUUAAAGCCAGCCACCUUCCACGGAUCGAACAGCUUUUCACUACCUAUAAUGCUGACAGAUUAAUUCAGUUGCCUUUGAACUACCAAAAAAAAUAUUCAAUAAUUUUGUCAGUAAACACUCUCACCUUUAUAAAUUCGAGGUCUCUGGUGGAGAAUUAGCAUUAUACAAAGAACAUCUGAAGCAAUUCCACAGCACCAGGCUACAUUUAGGUGAAGUUAUGACUGCAAUCACACAGAUCUUUAAAACAUUUAUUUAAAUAGGAUGAGAAAAUGAAAUAACUGGCUUGAAAAGGUGUGCCAUUGCAAUUUUGUUAGACAUUUUAAAAUUAACUUGGUUGUAACAUGCUGAUUUUUAAAAAUGCCACGGUGAUUUCACAGCAAACAUUAUAGGCAAAAACCUCAACUACUGCAAGAAAAGGUCUCAAACAGAAAUACCCAACGUAUACCUGGGUGUUUAUUUAUUUAAAAAAGAGCAAAUAAAGUGAUAGGAUUGCUGGUCCCAGUGGGAAACUCCAACCUGCACAAACAUUUGUUACAACAGAGGUUAAAGCUUUAUGCUAACCUGAUAGGCACAUAGAAAAUUUAAAAAUGGUUUCAGCAGCAAUUCAACAUCAAAUAGUAAAUAUCUCCAUGUCUGGUACAUUCUUUUAGAACAAACAAAACUUCUCUGCUAACUCAGGGUAAGAACUUUGAGCAGGAGUGUUGAUCUGUUCAAGCGUAGGAAGGCUCUGCAGAGGGAUCUGGACAGGCUGGAUCGAUGGACUGAGGCCAACUGGAUGGGGUUCAACAAGGCCAAGUGCCAGGUCGUGCAGCUGGGUCACAACAACCCCAUGCAACACUACAGGCUUGGGGAAGAGUGGCUGGAAAGCUGCCCAUCAGAGAAGGACCUGGGGGUGCUGGUCAACAGCCGGCUGAAUGUGAGCCAGCAGUGUGCCCAGGUGGCCAAGGCAGCCAACAGCAUCCUGGCUUGUAUCAGGAAUAGUGUGGCCACCCUCCACUUCCUUGAAGGGUGCGGGUUCUUUUAGCACAAGGUAAAAAAUGAUAUAUUAAUAUAUUUGUGAUUUACUAUCUACUUAGCCAUAAUGGCUAAUUUAUACAGUAAAUUUAUCUUUGAGCAAAGCUAUUUCCCUAACAAAGGUCACCCUUUAAGUUACAGCAAAUAUCUGUGUUUUGGGUAACUCUCAUCUACCUCAUUGUACCUAGUCGUUGUGUAAAAGUAUAUA